CUGGUCCUACCCUCCUUGAAGCAGCUGGAACGCAUUCGCCCUUCGAUCGAGUUGGUCUUCGGUCGUGUUUUUCUCCCGACAGGCCGUCACCAUGAAAUUCUCGGUUUUGACGUUGAUCUGCUUCGCUAUCGUUUUGACUUGCCGGACCAUUGCUUACCCGAUGGAUGACGGAAUCGUUACCCAAGUAGUUCCAGAGGAAGUCAAUGCUACACUUGCAGACGCCGCUGAGGAUGAAAUCAGCUGGUACAAGCCGAUCGCCGUCAUUUUGAAACCGGCCACCGAAAAAGAUUUGGAGGAGCGGCUGAAUAAACUUUCGCCCAGGACCGACGAAGAGUUGCCAUUCGAAUACCAACACCCGGAAGUUUCGGCUCCGUUCCAGCAGCAGCCGCUAUUUCCCUGGGAAUACGAGUCAGCAUCGCCGUGGGCUUCUCCUUUCGCCCGGAAUUCCCACCACGGCCAGCCGGAGGACGGAUUGAAAAAUUAUUACGCCAGUUUGAAUUUCCCAGGGAAUGUUCAGGCCAAUUUAUUGGCUCUGGCCAGGAUGGGGUUGGUGGCCAUUCCGAAGAAGGAUAUCGGCCGCCACAAAGUGAAUGAAACCGGGCAGAAAGAGGUUCAAGUCCGGACCGAUUUCCGCCAGGGUGAGGCUGAAAAAGGUGUCGAAAUUGUGUCCCAGGACAAACAAAACGCUAACCUUAGCAACAAUCACAAUCACAAUCAUAACCAUAAGAAACAUAAAAACCAAUGGGUUCACGAACUGGUUGGACCUCCCGGACCGAUUGGCCCAGUCGGACCUGCAGGCAAAGAUGGGGUGAACGGAAUCAACGGAAUUAACGGGGUGGACGGCAAGGAUGGCAAAGACGGAGCGCAGGGACCUAUUGGGCCAUCUGGACCACAAGGAUCGGCAGGACCGCCGGGGACAAAUGGAGUUAACGGAGCACCGGGGCCUCAGGGUCCCGCCGGACCACCUGGCACGCAGGGCGUGCAAGGCAUUCAAGGCAAUAUAGGACCACAGGGCAUUCAAGGAGAAACGGGAGAUGCUGGGCUGAAUGGCAAAGAUGGACUUAACGGAUUGAACGGGAAAAAUGGUGCAGCUGGUCCUCCUGGGCCCAUAGGCCAGUCUGGUGUGGCUGGCACGGAUGGGAAAGACGGGAAAGAUGGAGCAGCUGGCCCACCUGGCCCUCCAGGUCUUGCUGGCACAGCUGGACAAAAUGGAAAGGAUGGAGUCAACGGCAAAGAUGGGAAAGAUGGUACGCCUGGAGCGGCUGGGCCUCCUGGACCUCCGGGCGCCGACGGCGCUGAUGGAAGUCCAGGAGGUCCCGGAACUCCUGGCCAGAAUGGUCAAGAUGGAGCACCAGGAGGUGCUGGAGCAGCUGGAGCUGCUGGCCCGACUGGGACAGCUGGCGCUGCUGGACCAGCUGGAGUACCCGGAACGCCCGGAGCACCAGGAACGCCGGGAGCGCCUGCUCCUGCUCCUUAACGUACAACUUGCGAUGCGACCCAAAUCUGCUUGAACCUGAACACAAUAUUUGAUCGGCAAUUCCAUUUCUAUUUAUUAUCCC